UUCCCGUGCGCCCCGGAACACUCGCGUCCCAGCUACUAUGCAUCCCGAGCGACUUGGACUGACACCCGCUACAUCGCGACAUCGCGACAACGCACCAUCUCUGCUCUUUCACCUUUCUGGUCAACAUUAUUGUCGUCUUUCUGUUUCAUUCCUGACCUCGACUCGUAAACAAACAUCAACAUUCACCACCAAUACUCCACUCCUUCACUUGGCACGCCCGCAUCUACCCCCCCACAACAUCUUUCACCAUUACUCUCUUACACCUUCGGCACAAACGCGCCCGCCGCUCAUCUUUGAUGGGUUCAAAAGGCGCCGACGUCCCUCAGGACCAGAAGGCAGGAUGGGCGAGCUUCAUCAAGAGCCUCGCCCACAUGACUGGCGACCUCAGCUCAAUGACUGCCCCUCCAUUCAUCCUCUCGCCCACGUCGCUUACCGAGUUCCCCGCUUACUGGGCCGAGCACCCCGAGCUUUUCGCCGACAUCUCGGAGGGUGAGACCGAGGAGGACCGCAUGGAGCGUGUCCUUCUCUGGUUCAUCGCGACUCUCAAGGGCCAGUACACCACUCGUAACGAGAAGAUGGGUUCGGAGAAGAAGCCUCUCAACCCCGUUCUUGGCGAGCUCUUCUACGGGUCUUGGCCCGACGUCGAGGGUCGCGGCGAGACCAUCUUGGUCUCGGAGCAGGUGUCGCACCACCCUCCUAUUACCGCCUACUACAUCGAGAACAAGAAGGCAGGUGUCGCCCUCCAGGGUCACUCGGGCCAGAAGACGUCGUUCUCGGGCACGUCGAUCCACGUCAAGCAGUCGGGUCACGCAUUGCUUUACGUGACUCCCAAGAAGACGGGCAAGCAGGAGAUGUACCUCAUCACGCUUCCCAAACUUCGCAUCGACGGCAUCGUGUGGGGCUCGCCGUACAUUGAGCUCACCGACUCGUCGGCGAUCCAGAGCAGCACUGGCUACGGUGCUCAGAUCGAUUACAAGGGCAAGGGAUACUUUUCGGGCAAGGCACACAUGUUCAAGGCCAAGAUGACCAAGGGGUCUCGCACCGUCCAGACCUUUGAGGGCGAGUGGACUGGCGUGUCUUAUGUUGGCUCGACCAAGGGCCCCGUGUUCUACGACGCCGACACACCCAAGGAGGAGAUCACUGUUCGGCCCAUCACCGAGCAGGGCCAGUGGGAGAGCCGCUUCCUGUGGCAGAAGGUGGCCAACGGCAUCCGCGGUGGCGACUUUGAGACGGCUGGCCGGGAGAAGAGCCUUAUUGAGAACGAGCAGCGGCAACGCCGCAAGGAUGAGGUGGCCGAGGGCACGUCGUGGAAGCUGUGGAACUUUGAGCACGUCGACUCUGACCCCGAGUUCCAGAAGCUGGUCGCGAUGAUGAACGACAAGACGCAGCCAACGACCGAGGAUGCCUACGUGUACAGAGGGCACCACUACCAGCAGCUCUUGGCGGGUGCAGGUGCGGGUGCAGGUGCGACUGCGGGCGCGGGCGCGGGUGCGUCUGCUCCGGUGGCGGCGUAGAGUAGUAGACAUGUACACGAUGACUAGUGGACGCGGAGUGGUUUGGAGUCGGAGAGCGGACCGGCCACCUCCACCGGAUAGCCGAUUCGGCCGGGCCGAGAGUU